AUGAAUAAGAAAAGGAAACCAAGGGGGCGAGUUUGUUCCACAAGUGCAAUGGGAGAAAAGGUUUCAUGGAAAUGUGCUGUGAUAAUAAUGGCAGUGAUGCUGGCAUUGAGCUGCUGUGAAGAACCGAGUGAAGGGGAAUCGUACGAGGAGUUGCAGUGGAAGAAAAACAAAGCAUGCGACGAGAUAUACGUGGUUGGAGAAGGAGAGACUUUGCAGACAAUCAGUGAAAAAUGUGGGGAUCCUUUUAUUGUUGAACACAAUCCUCACAUACAUGACCCUGAUGAUGUUUUCCCUGGCCUCCUCAUCAAGGUCACUCCUUUCAAUUACAUCUAG